AUGUCUGACUCUAAAGAGACCGUUCCAACAAGGGAAUUGGGUUUUACUAAAUACCAUGAAGAUGUAACAGAAGAAAAAUUUACCACCAGUUUAAAUUACACUGAAAGGAAACAAUUGUUAAGUUUUAUCAGUGACUCUUCACCUUUGGAUAAUGAUUCCGAUUAUAGAUGGGAACUAUUUGGACAAACAUCAAAAAAGCGUAGUUACGAUGAUUCGGUAGAUGAGGACCACCAAAAUGCUGCAGAAAUAAAAAGACAUG